CUGACACGGUCGGGGCGCAGCGGCGACCCGGAGCCCGUCUGCACAGGUCGACAACAUAAGCACACCAUGCACAUGGGUCUGCAUCACCUGCACAAUCAUGCCACCAUGCGCAUUGGCACCUCGUUUGUGCGGCGCCGGUGCGCUCUUGCGACAGCGCGCGGGCGCGCGCGGCUCGAGGAGGAGGCGCUCGCCGCCCUCAACGGCGUGCUCGACCCAGCACUCGCGCGCUGCAAGCGGCUCGCCGUGCAGCCCGACGCGACUGUGGCGGUCAAGCUCGAGUUCCGCUCCGGCGCGAUGAGACGCGGCGCCGUCGAGGCGGCCGCCGCGGCCGCGAUUGAGGCUCUACCGUGGGCGCGCCGCAGCAGCGUCGAGUCCACGCUCUCGCGCCCGCGCUCAUUUAUGGGCUCCAAUGCGCCGCCGUCGCUGCGGCACGUUGGCGCGCUGGUUGGCAUCAGCAGCUGCAAGGGCGGCGUGGGCAAGUCGACCGUCGCGGUCAACCUCGCCUACGCCCUCGCCACCCAGGGCGGGCGGGUCGGGCUCCUCGACGCAGACGUGCACGGCCCGUCGCUGCCGUCGCUGGUGCGGCUGCCGCCCGGCUCGUUGCCGCUCCGGCAGGACGCGCAGACGCGGCUCCUCGCGCCGGCCGAAGCCGACGGCGUGAGGCUCAUGUCUUACGGGUUCGUGGGCAAGGGCGCUUCGAGCGGGGCGGUGCCGGCGGCGGUGAUGCGCGGCCCGAUGGUAGGCAAGACAGUCGGGCAG